UGAGCAGCAGGGUCCUGGGCGCAGACUCGGGAGGCUGCAGAGCUCACCUCCAUCUCCCUCACGCCACAACCAUCGCGGACCAAACACCAAACCGAUCUGGUGUCAGGACUACGGGAGAGUCACCUUUUCGCAGUGAUUUAGUACCGAAACACGGCUACGACGCACGGGGGUUUAUUUUUCCAUCUAUACGAACGUGGAUGCGUAGUUAAGGGCAAUAUUUUUGAACACGUUCGAGUUGCUGAGAUGUGACAGCUGUUUCAUAUCACUCGCAUUUCUUCAGCAUUAGCUACAACAAUUCAGUAAUAAUCAUCCCGCAAAAUGUUGACGCACAAUUUGGCACUUAUCGUAAUCGCAGCGUUUACGUGGUGCGUCAGUGCCGAGUUGAGCCAUGUGUCUUCUUCCACGGCCGCAGCGCACUUGAAUUCCACCGCCUCCAGCCACGGUCUCGUCAGCGGAGAGGGGCACGGGCUGCAGCCGGGUCACAACGCCACAGACUCGGCUGUGGGCUCCAGGAUCUCCACGCUCAUGACCUACCUGCCCUCGCUGAAGAAGGGCGUGUUUUUCGUGUGUGUAAUGACCGCUGGGCUCGUCGUGUGCUUGCUGGUCAAGGUGGUCAGGUCAGGCAGGCGGAUCCGAAAAACGCGGAAAUAUGACAUCAUCACGACGCCAGGUGAGCGAGUGGAGAUGGCCCCUCUGAACCAGGACGCAGAGGAAGAUGAUGACUCCACGCUCUUUGAUGUCAAGUACAGGUGAACAGAAUCUGCUCCAUUGAGGACGUCUCUACUCCUCGUGUCUGACCAAUCAGCCGUUCUGUCCUGUGUGCGUGUGCUGGACUGGGGCACCAUGGGUAAAAUAGUCAGCUGCUGUAGGAAUCCCUUCUUUGAAAACCACUGCGAAGGCUUUGGCUAUGCUAUGGACUUGUUAUUGAGACCACUUGUCCACUGUAAAAAGUCACAUCCAAAGUAAUAGAGUAAGUUUGUAAGUAUUUGUUUUCUUAUUUAUACUAAACUAGAUUGCUGGGUUUUAAAUGACUUCACAACAUUCAAAUGAAUAUUGUUAAAAUGCAGAUUUUUGUGGUAACACACUGUUGGGGUUAGUUACUAAUAGAAAUGAUCAGGUUUGUGAAUUUACCUUUUGAAUAUUUCAUGUCAAAGUCUUAUGUUAUCAAUAGGAGUAAAUGCAUUUAAGCUGGUAAAACAACUGAUUCCUGAUGAUUUUAACAUUGUUUUUGCAGUGUACAUAGUGAGAUAAAAAUUCUUAUUGUAAUUGAGAGUAUACUUUAUGAAGAGUAUAGUAGGACAUCAGAGAUAAAUUAACGUUUAAUAUUACAUAGAGCAAAUACUCUCUAUUAACACUAGGCUGUGUCUCAUCACUACUGUAUGGAUUGUACGUCUGAGUGUAUAUUUUUAUAUGCUGUAUAAGACAUUCCUCUUUUGCUGCUGAUUAAAUGAAUUGUGAAUUCUUUGUGAUUUUGAAAGACUCUGGACUCUGAUAUGAUUAUAACUGUAAGUAGGUGAAGAUUAGUUAAAUUAAAAGCAAAAUAUUAAUCAUAUUUUGAUUUUGUUUUGAUUAGUUAUGAUGCAUUUCUUUGAUGGACCUCAUUAUGAAAUAAUUUACUUAUUUCAACACAGUUCUUAUUUCAAGACAAAUUAUUUGACUAUAUGGUGAAAAUAUGACUCUUAUUGCAAGCUACUGUAUAUUAUCUUGGAACCUGCCAAAUAGGUCAUUAAACCAGAAAAAAUUCUAUUUCAGACAAGCUAUUAAAUCUAACAAUGAACCAUGUCCUAACCGUGUUUUAACAACUCAAGGCUGGACUAAUAUUCAAAAUUCUGAUGCAAAAAAAAAAAAUGCAGACUGACUGAUAUCUGUCUGAUAUUUCUGGUCCCCGCACUCCGCCGUGUCUUGAGCCAGAAACAAAUGUGAUCAUGUAAUCAGACUUGUCUGAUCUGUCAUUUUGAACAAAAUUAUCAGAUGAACAGGUUUUUGGGCUUCGCUCACUGAUCCAGCAGAAGUCUGUGAUGUCUGUCAAUGAUGUGUGAUAUUUUUCUCCUCAUAAGCAUCUAUAUUUGUUUUGAUAUAGACUGACCUUGCUUGUCCCUGACCCACCUGUCGCUCACGCCCACCUGAACUCAGGGAGAUUCAAUGGUGAUGAGACUCAUAUCUUCAGAAAGUAUUGUGUAUUCUGGGUCCAAGGGAAGUGAAAAUUGAAACAGUGAUUUCUGAGGCUUAGAGAAGACACCAAAAUAAUAAACAAAAUAUCUCAAAACAUUGUUAACACUUGGAUUCAUUUAUCAAAUAUUGAUUGGUUAGGUGCAGUGCUGGCUUAUGUUUAGAAAUGAUAUAUUGGUAUAAAUCACAGGUGUCAAACAUAAGGCAUGGGGGCCAGAUCCGGCCCUAAAAGACCUUUAAUGUGUGUAUUUUAAUUAUAUUUUCUAUUAAAAUAUUGGUAAUUUUCUGCGGUGCUGAGCAUAGCAGCGUCUCCAGCGCCUCUGUACGUGGCCCCUCCCACCAGAGCAGGACAAAUGAAGACUUGUCUUUUUUCAAACGCUCUUAAAGGACGAUUGUUUUGACUGUUGACCGUG